CUCAUGCGAAGGGGCCUCUUUCAGGAUGACGCAUUGUCCACAAGCGACCUAAUUGGGUUCUCUUCCUCUCUCGGAUGCUCCCGACGCACUGACCGCGAAGUGAUAUAAAGCAACCUGCACGCAUCGGAGGUUCAAGCAGACCGUCACCGCGACCUGCAACGCCCUGCGAUCAGAUACCAUGCCGUUCCCGUUCCCCCGCACCCCGAAGCGACAGAUCUCGCGCCCACGCGUAUUGGGCGCGUCCCCUUCCACCUCCUCGCCGCGCCGCGACACACCCGAACGACUCCGCCGCGAAGAGCUGCGCGCGGCCUCGCGGCCCCGCCCUGCGCGCACGACCCUCUCACCGAAUUCCCCCCGCACCGUGCGCGUACCGCGCGGUGCCUUCGAUGCUCCCCUCGAAUCUGCGCUCGGCCGCGAUGCAGAGGCCGAUCCCGACCGCGAGCCGAGCAUGAUCACCUCCGCCGUCGUCUCCCACGCCACUGUCCCAUCCCCGACGCGCCCCGCGCGCCACACGGCACGUAACUCGUGCGACUGUGCGACGCGGAUCGUCUUCUCUGCGCGUGAUGGGCGGGACAUCGGCGUCCCACUGGGCCUAGCGAUAUAUCAGGAGGGCAUGAUGUUGCGGAAUACCUCGAUCGAGUUUUGUUUGCCACCUGCGUUGAGAGGGAUCGAGGUUGUGCCGUUUCGAUUAGCUUGGCCUGGAUACGGACACUUGAAUCCCGUGGGACAGGUCGCCCUGUAUGAUCCCGAAACGGACACCCAUUCUACAUACGCAGACGUCGCGCAGCAAGUCGCCCAGAUGUUCUAUACCUUCAUCCAGCAAUGUGGCGACAACUUUGACUCGACGUACCGCGGCGGAGUGCGUCUAGGGCCCAGGGAUAUUUCCUUCGACCGUCUAUUUCUGAGCAAGCUCUGCAUCCGCGAAGGGGUAAUGGACGCGGAAAUCCGAUACAGUACCAAAAGUUAGCGCUAUGUACCAUGUAUUUUACCCUCUCUCUAUCUUGACUUUUGUACGUAUGUUGAAAGAUUGAAUGUUGCAUUAUUCAGCGCGAUACACAUAUACAUUCAUAUCCCCAAAGACAUUUUGCCGUUCUCCCUCUGCUCAUAGAUCG